AUGGAUUACGCAAACAUGGUGUCGGAAUCGGCGGGUCUCAAUGGCAAGCUGUCGGCCUCGCUGGAACCACUAUCCCGGACGUACCAGUACCGGAAGGUGAUGAAGCCGAUGUUGGAGCGCAAACGGCGCGCCCGGAUUAACCGCUGCCUGGACGAGUUGAAGGAGCUGAUGGUGUCGGCGUUGCAGUCUGAGGGCGAGAAUGUGGCCAAACUCGAGAAAGCCGACAUUCUGGAGCUGACGGUGCGUCACCUGCACAAAUUGCGCCGCCAACAGCGUCUGGCCGCCAAUCCAGUGCUCGAUGCCGAUCGUUUCCGGGCCGGAUUCACGCAUGCAGCUAACGAGGUGUCGCGGUGUCUCGCCUCAACGCCGGGUGUUGAUAUUAAGCUCGGUACGAAGCUGAUGACCCACCUCGGACACCGGCUAAACGAUCUCGACAAAGUGUCCCCACUGACCGUGCACGUGGAAUCAUCAUCCUCGGGCGCAGGAUCUGUCGGACCGACUCGUAGUCCUUCGGCAUCACCACCGAUUUCGCCUUUCUCCGGAGCCUCAUCCGCUUCCGGCGAUGGACCGCUUGGCUACGCAAUGCCACUGACUCCCCAGUCCUACCGCAGUGAGGAGUCGGGCUUGUUGGCGCCCUCCACCACCCCCUCACCCGACCCGAGCGAGUGCGAGGAGCAACUCCACCAUCACACCGGUGGUCUGCUCAAGAUGCAGCAGUCGGGCGAGUCCGUCUGGCGGCCGUGGUAG